AUGGAACAGAAAGAGCUACGUCCAAAUGGGCAAGCCCCAAUAUCAUCCACCGACAAGCCAUUGAAACAACAAACGGGAAGCAAAGGCGCCGAGGAAACAACAAACGAGAGUAGAAUACCAAGGAGGCUAAAGACAGAUGAAAUUCCUCAUGUUGUGAAUGAUUUCAGACUUGCUGCAAGGAAUGCUAUUGAAGCUGGCUUUGAUGGGGUUGAGAUCCACGGUGCUCAUGGCUACCUACUUGAGCAAUUCAUGAAAGACGCAGUAAAUGAUCGAAGUGAUGAGUGCUCUCACAGCCUUCUCCCUAUGAGAAAGGCCUUCAAUGGAAGUUUUAUUGCAGCAGGAGGUUAUCGCAGAGAAGAUGGCAUCAAUGUUGUGGCUGAAAAUGGAACAGAUCUUGUUGCUUUUUAA